AUGUCAGAUACAGAACAAGCCACACAACCAUCAAUUGAAAAGAAGGAACCAGAAGUUAUCACUGAGAAGAGUGAGGCUGAAGAAGGUUCAAAGAAAAGAGCUCACGAAGAAGUUGCGAGUGAAACCAAAGAUAACAGCUCCGUAGGUACUACAGAUAAAAGUUCCAAGAAAAAGAAGCAUAGAAGACGUCAAUAUGACGACGAUUUGCCUAAGGAAACCAAAUCUGAAGAUGAGGAAGAAGAGGAUGGAGAAGAAGAAGGUAAUGAAGAUAACCUUGGGCUUGAAGAAGGAGAGGAGGAUGACUUAUUGGAAAUCGACCAGUCUAAUAUCAUCACAGGUGGCCGUAGAACCAGAGGAAAAGUUAUCGAUUUUGCCAAGGCAGCAGAAAAGUUAAAGAGUGAACAAGGAGCUCAGGAUGAUGAUGAAGAUGACGAAGAGGAUGAUGGGGAGUUUAAAGAGGAAGCUAAAGAAGCCGAAGAAGCGGCCAAAUGA